CAAAAGGGCCCUCAAUGUCUUAUUAAGGUUAUUAGUCAGACGUAAGUAAGCGAUAAUGUAUUACCCAGAACGAGGCUGGGUAUUCAUGGCAGUCGCGCACCACAACACAACAGAAAUAAUAAUUAUGUUAUAAGGAAAAUAUCUUUAGACUAUCAUCAUGUCUCUUUAUUUGAGGAAGCACUUUAAUCUUUGUAGACAGCUGGUAUUUAUUUACAAAAAUCAUCGCUAUGUUUCAACAGAUUCCAGUAACUUUUACAAACCCAAACGACUCUAUGUAUCGAAAAUGUUCCAAAAUUUCGGCAUGGUUCAACCUGCUAAAAGUUCGCUUUCUUGUUCCAGUCACAAGCUGAUGUUAUACAAUGAAAUCAUCCAGCAGUGUUAUUCUGGCCAUUAUUAUAUCCUUCCCUUGGGAAUGAGGGCAUUGGAAAAACUCAGACGCCUUAUUGAUGAAGAAAUGGAAGCAACAGGUGCUCAGAAGAUGGUCAUGCCAUCUAUGGUGCCAGCAAGUUUAUGGAAAACAUCAGGUCGAUGGAGUCUGAAGGAAGUUUUUAAACUCAGUGAUAGACAUCACCAGGAUAUGUGUCUGUCUCCAACUCAUGAAGAAGUUGUCACAUCACUCUUUGGUCAGUAUUCACCAUUUUCCAUGAAGCAGUUUCCCAUCAUGCUUUACCAGAUAGGCCCAAAAUUCCGAGAUGAAAUUUCACCAAAAUAUGCAUUAUUGAGAUGUAGAGAAUUUGAAAUGAAAGACCUUUACACAUUUGAUUGUUCAGAGGCUUCAGCAUUAGAAACAUAUGAAAAAAUUUGUGAAGCAUAUUGUCGCAUUUUUAAUCGUCUUAAAUUGCCAUUCAUAAAAGUUGAAGCAGAUACUGGAGAUAUCGGUGGAAAAAAAUCUCAUGAAUUCCAUUUACCGUCUUCUGUUGGGGAAGAUUAUUUGCUUAUUUGUGAAAGUUGUAAAUAUGGAAGAAAUAUAGAACUUGUCGACAGAAAUAAACAAACUAUUUGCCCAAAAUGUGGAUCAGAAUGUAAAACUUCAGCUGGUAUUGAGGUUGGUCAUUCCUUUUAUCUUAGCCAAAAGUAUUCAUCUUUAUUCAAUGCAACAUAUGUCAACAGCGAUAACAAGAUAUGUUUUGCUGAGAUGAGUUGUUUUGGUUUGGGAGUUACUCGAAUUCUUCAAGCUGCCAUUGAGGUUUUGUCUUCAGAACGGCAAAUUUCAUGGCCAAGUAUCAUUGCUCCUUAUCAAGUUUGUAUCAUUCCUCAGAAGGAAGGUUACAAGAGUGACGAAACAUUUGAUUUGGCCGUUUCCCUCAGUGACCAGUUGACCUCCAGACCACAUAUCAACGGAGAAGUUGUGAUUGAUGACAGACUACAAAUGACGGUUGGCAGAAGGUUGUACGAAGCCAAACGAAUCGGUUACCCUUACAUUGUUAUCGUUGGAAAACGAUCUUUAGAAUCCCCUCCACAGUUUGAAGUGAUCUCAGCUGGUGGAACAAACUCUAGUUUCAUGUCGGUUGACUCAAUUUCUUACGAACUCUCUCAAGCGGAAACUAUAUGAAGAUUUGUUUGUAUUUAAUAUUUAAAUUGUUGAAAAACUGAUUUUAGAAUUAUUUUUUUGUAAUAUGACCCCUGAUUAAUAAAUUUAUAAUCUUUAUACAUGUUGAUUAACCUAUCCAAAAU